UCAGUACCAUCUCGGUACAAUAUAUGUUCCAUUACUAAAAUCAUAAACAAUUAUCUUCUUCUCUUUUACUUAAUUUCUCUCCAACUAAUUAUUAGCAUACAAUCAUGUACAAAGUUGCAAGCCCUAGUGAGUACCUAGUAAUUACCGGAAUUGGCGUAACGGACAUAAAGCUCGCAAAGAAAUCAUGGGUUCUUCCGGGCCAAUCAUGCUCGGUUUUCGAUGUUUCACCGGUCAAUUACACAUUUGAAGUCCAGGCCAUGAGCGCGGAGAAGCUCCCUUUCGUUCUCCCGGCUGUUUUCACCAUAGGUCCCCGAGUGGACGAUGAACAAAGCCUAUUUCGAUAUGCAAAACUCAUUUCUCCACACGACAAGCUCUCACACCAUGUCAAAGAACUCGUUCAGGGGAUCAUCGAAGGCGAAACUCGAGUUCUUGCUGCUUCGAUGACUAUGGAAGAAAUUUUUAGAGGAACUAAAGACUUUAAACAAGAAGUCUUUGAGAAAGUUCAGCUCGAACUAAACCAAUUCGGUCUAUUGAUUUAUAAUGCUAAUGUUAAACAACUUGUUGAUGUUCCGGGGCAUGAGUAUUUUUCAUAUUUAGGUCAGAAGACGCAAAUGGAAGCUGCAAAUCAAGCGAAAAUCGAUGUAGCUGAAGCGAAAAUGAAAGGAGAGAUCGGUUCGAAGGAAAGGGAGGGACAAACGUUGCAAAACGCUGCGAAAAUUGACGCAGAAACAAAGAUAGUGUCGACGCAGAGGCAAGGAGAAGGGAGAAAACAGGAGAUAAAAGUGAAGACGGAGAUUAAGAUUUAUGAGAAUCAAAGAGAGGCGGAGGUGGCGGAGGCGAAUACGGAGCUGGCGAAGAAGAAGGCGGGGUGGGCUAGGGAAGCACAGGUAGCGGAAGUAGAAGCAGCGAAAGCUGUUUCAUUGAGAGAUGCGGAGCUGCAAAGAGAGGUUGAAAGGAUGAAUGCUUUGACUAUAACUGAGAAGCUUAAGGCUGAGUAUUUGAGCAAAGCUAGUGUAGAGUAUGAGACCAAGGUGCAAGAAGCAAACUGGGAACUCUACAAGAAACAAAAAGAAGCAGAAGCAAUUCUAUACCAAAAAGAAAAAGAAGCAGAGGCACAAAAAACAAUUGCAAAUGCAGCAUUUUAUGCUCGUCAACAAGCUGUAGAUGCAGAGUUAUACAGUAAGCAAAAAGAAGCCGAAGGUUUAAUAGCUCUCGCACAUGCACAAGGCACAUAUCUACGUACUCUUUUAGACGCAUUGGGCGGAAACUAUGCGGCUGUAAGAGAUUUCUUGCUGGUGAAUGGCGGAGCUUUUCAGGAGAUUGCGAAGAUUAAUGCGGAGGCUGUUCGCGGAUUGCAGCCGAAGAUUAGCAUUUGGAACAACGGAGCAGAGGGUAGUAAUAGCGAUGGAGGUAUGAAGGAGGUUGCUGGAGUUUAUAAGAUGUUGCCCCCUUUGUUCAAGACUGUUCAUGAGCAAACUGGGAUGUUGCCACCCCCGUGGUUGGGCUCUCUUACCGACUCUUCGAACUAGUAAAAAUCGAAUCAAAUCAUUAAUUCGAAUCAAACUAAAUUGAAAUUAGUUUUGAUUUCGUUAUAGAAUUGGUAAUUUUUUUUAAUUAAUUUGGAUGUGAAUAAAAAAAAAUAUGAUUCUUGGA